AUAAGUAACUGAGGACAGAGCCGGUGAAUUGUUUUUGCUGGCAGCAAAUUUUGUUUAUGUGCAAUAUUUAUACAUUUUUAAAACUGCAAUAACCCGGUUUUUCUUGUUCCUUAUCUUUGCUAAACGAGAUGAACGUCUCAUGUGUACACAUUAUGCUGCUGCUGCUACUGUGUAGCCAGCAAGCAACUGCCACACUCUCGCCAGAUAGCAAAUCCAAGUCGAAGCACAAAGAAUCCAAGUUCUUACGUGGUCCACAAGACAGCGAUGUGUUUGAUUUGGACUUAGUGUCAUCAGAGCCGCUGCCGAAGGACAUUCUUAUGCAUCACGAUGCCUACUAUAAGGACACUGCGCUGCGGCAUUUCAAUGGCACCACGCUAGGCUAUGUGACGCCGUGGAACUCACAUGGCUAUGAUGUGGCCAAGAUCUUUGCCAAAAAGUUUGACAUAAUCUCGCCCGUCUGGCUACAAAUUGUGAAGCAGGGCAACGAGUAUGCCGUGGCCGGCACACACGACAUCGAUGCGGGUUGGCUGACGGAUGUGCGACGCAAAGGAAAGGUACAACAACAACCACAGAUGCGCACAGUGAAAGUGUUUCCUCGUAUUAUCUUCGACCAUUUCACUGACCGCGACAUUAAACUACUGCUGAGCGAUGCGAAGGAGCGCACUAAACUGAAUGACCUUCUCAUCAAGACGUGCAAGCAGCAUGGUUUUGAUGGUUUGGUGUUGGAGGUUUGGUCGCAGCUAGCUGGUCGCAUAGACGACCAAAUCCUUUUUACCUUGGUGCUGCAAAUGGUCAAAGAGCUGCAGAAGCAGCAGUUGCGUCUCAUCCUGGUUAUUCCACCGCAGCGCAAGGACACUCCAAACUUGUUUGGCGAGAAGCACAUGAACAGGCUGUAUAAGCAUGUUUACGCCUUCUCCCUGAUGACCUAUGAUUUCUCCAGUGUGCAGCGCCCUGGCGCCAAUGCGCCGCUCUAUUGGGUGCGCAAAGCUGUGGAGCAUAUGACGCCAAAUGGCUGCCACGACAUGGAGACGAAGCGUUCCAAAAUACUCCUGGGCUUAAAUAUGUACGGCAAUGAUUAUACACCUGAUGGUGGCGGUCCCAUCACUUUUGGCCAAUACUUGGAGCUAGUCCGGCAUGUGAAGAAGCAUUUGACCUUUGACGAGCGCGACAUUGAGAACUUCUUUGAGAUCAAAUCUGAAACUGGUCGUCAUAUUGUUUUCUAUCCCACAUUGCACUCAAUAAAUGAGCGCAUUAAGCUGGCUAAAGAGCUGGGCACUGGCAUCUCCAUUUGGGAGCUCGGACAAGGACUCAACUAUUUUUACGAUCUCUUUUAAACUAAUAUUAUUCCAGCCACAAAUGCCAAAUAAAUAACAAUUUUG